CCGCUCCACACCCAUCCUUCUCACUGCUGCGACUGCGAGCAAGGGAGAGAGAGAGAGCGGGGAGAGAAAGGCGAAGCGGCUCUCGUCUCGCUCGCCCCCUCCACAUACCACUCGGAUCCGAAAUUCUCAACCCCGCUCCCGCCCCUGCUCCACUCGUCCUCUACUCGUCGUCGUCCACUGCACGGCGACCCCAGGGCCAGCGCCCGGGGGCCGGCGGCCCGGAGCGGGGGAGAGGCGGAGGGGGGAUGGACCCCGAGAAGCGCGGCUACAAGUUCCAGGAGUUUGUGGCGCACGAUGCUGAAGUGAGGUCCUUGGCCAUCGGCAAGAAGUCGAGCCGUGUGUUCAUUACUGGUGGCAGUGACCGCAACGUCAACCUGUGGGCAAUUGGCAAGCAGACUCCUCUCCUGAGCUUGUCAGGCCACACAAGCUCGGUUGAGGCUGUAGAGUUUGAUACAGCAGAGGUGCUUGUGCUUGCUGGCUCAUCAAAUGGCUCCAUCAAGCUCUGGGACUUGGAAGAAGCUAAAGUUGUGCGGUCUCUCACUGGGCAUAGGUCAAGUUGCACUGCUGUUGAAUUCCAUCCAUUCGGCGAAUUUUUUGCAUCUGGUUCUUCAGAUACAGAUCUCAAGAUCUGGGAUAUAAAGAAAAAAGGAUGCCUUCAUACAUACAAGGGUCACAGAGGAGCAAUUAAAUCAAUCCGAUUUACACCUGAUGGGCGAUGGAUCGUCACCGGUGGAGAAGAUAACAUUGUGAAGGUGUGGGAUCUGACAGCUGGAAAGCUCUUACAUGAUUUCAAGUUCCACAGUGGACAAAUCCGAUGCAUUGAUUUUCAUCCUCAAGAAUUUUUGCUUGCAACAGGCUCAGCUGAUCGAACUGUGAAGUUUUGGGAUCUUGAGACUUUUGAAUUGAUAGGUUCUGCCGGACCCGAGGAUACUGGUGUACGUUCUAUGGUCUUUCACCCAGAUGGAAAAACCCUUUUCUGCGGAUUAGAGCAAAGCUUAAAGGUAUUCUCUUGGGAACCAGUAAGAUGCCAUGAUGCUGUUGACAUGCGAUGGAACAAUUUAGCUGACCUUAGUAUUUACGAAGGAAAACUGUUGGGAUGCUCGUACCAUGAACGCCGUGUUGGUGUUUGGGUUGCUGAUAUAUCACUCAUUGAACCCUAUGCUCUUGGUGUUUUGCCGAAAGCAAAUUUUUUUGCUGAGCUUGUGGAUUCUGUGGAUGAUAAUCCUGUGAAACCGAAUGGUAGCACUACGAAGCCCAUUCGUGCUGUAGCAACAUCACAUCCAAAAAACAUGUACAAAGUCCAGGAGUCAGGAAUUGCUGAAAGCAGAGUUCGGGCCUUACAUUUAACUCCAGGAAGUACAGACAAAAUAAAGAAAGAUAGGAGCAGCAGCAUUCCUCGAAGACCUGAUUCAUCUGUCAAACCAUCUACUCCAGUACGACGUAUGAAGCCCGUCGAUAGUCCUUCCACAAAUUUAAAAACAGCAGAACGCAGUUUCGGACAGCGGGACAUCCAAUUAUUAUCUCGUACAGGGAUGGCUAUUAAUUCUUCGAUCACUAAAAAAGCUCCGCCUACAGAGUCGGUAGCUGUAAAAGAUAUUUACACUACAUCACAGGCUGUUUCUGUGCCUGUUGUUGUUCCUAGAGACAUUUUGGAGGACAAAUCAGCAGGCAGUAUUCAUAGAGGAAUUGGAGGCAGAACUGCAGUCCCAGAUGAUUUUUACAGUCCAGUGCACUUGAGAAAACGUUUACCUAGUGGCGGUACUAGUGAUAGUGUCAGCUCAGUAAAAUCCAUGCUCGCUGAGCCUGAUGUUUGCUCGGAGGGUUUGUCUGGGUUAAAGUUCUCCUUUGGACUAACUCCAAAUGACAAGAAAGAAGAAUCUGACAGUACUGAUAAAGGAGAAAUUAGACAAAUAGCAGAAAAGAUGGACAGAAUAGUAUCAUUUGAUCAUCCGGUGCAGUCAAAUGAUGACAAGGGUAUUGCUCUUUCUUUGUUCUUAAGCAUUCAAGCGCUGCGCUUUUGUUCAUUUUGGGAAUUUAACAUUAUAGCUCUUUUUACAGCAGCAUAUGAAUCACCGUGUUCGACGACAGGAACAGCCAGGGUCAAAUAUGUUAGAGGAGUUGCUGUGCCGUUAGGAAAAACUAAGUCUCUUGUUGAGAGAUUUGAAAAGAGAGAGAGUUCUAGCAUUGAUUGUUCAUCGCCAACUGGCUCUAGUGGUGAUCAUACAAUGAAAGCUGAUAGCCCUCCCACCAGUUCGGCAGAAGCAAGUCGCACAUAUGAAAGGGACUUGCCAACAGUGGACGAGAUGACGACUCCAAUCGAUUUGGUGCGGAACCAUGAUGAAUUUAUAAAUGUUGUAAAAUCUCGGUUGACAAAGCUAGAGAUGAUGCGGCAUGUCUUUAACCUAAAUGGCAUCAAAGGAGCAAUUGCUGCGGUCGCAAAGUUGCCUGAUAUUGCUGUUCAAGCUGAUGUUGUUAGUACUCUCAAGGGAAAACUUGGUCUUUUCAACCUAGAUAUUUUCUCAAGCCUUCUGCCUGUUCUUGCCGGGUUACUGAACAGCAAAACUGAAAGGCAUGCUAUUGUUGCUUUGGAGAUGUUAUUGGAUCUUAUAAAGAUUUUUGGACCGGUUAUUCAUUCAACAUUGUCAAGUAGUUCACCUGUUGGAGUAGAUCUUCAAGCUGAACAGAGGUUGCAGCGUUGCACCCGGUGUUUUAACCAUUUGCAAAAGAUUGUGCAAGCUCUACACCCGUUGAUGAUGCGGAGCGGCCAGUCGGCGCAGCUUGCUCAAGAGCUGAACAUGUCUUUGCAAGACCUGGUGGUCUUCUGAAACUAGCCGGAAGCUCAAGUUCACACCGUCAGAGUAGAUACCAUUCUUUUUGUUACAGAAAAUGGAAGUGCCAUAUGGUGGCAGGGCGGGGUAGCCUGUUGUGGUGGUGGUGUAAUUGUUUGUUGUUCCCUGUUGUACAUGUGAGCGAGUGAGCGAGAGAGCUUGGCUGUUCAUCAGUCUGUAAUUAGCCCCCAUUUUACUGCAUGGACAGCCCCGGACGGACGACCGAGGGAGUGGAGAUGAAUGAAUGGAUGGAAAAAACGCCUGUUAGUUUA